GCGUCGAAAUAUAGAAAUCAAUUUGUACCUUUCGGCCUUCACUACAUGACGCUACUGAAGUGAAUGAAUGACUGAUUUUGUUGAUUCUGAAGGAACUGAAAUUACAUCUUUAUCAUCAUGUAUCACAAGUCGAAAUCGGUACAUUUAAAGAGUUCCGCAUCUUUAAGAUACAACAAUCUUUCGGUGCUUUGCUCACCGGAGCGGAAUGUGACUUGCUAUGCUGUUGUUCAUAAAGCGGUGGUGAACAUCUCGAACUGCGCCGGGGAUGGAGCGGGGAGCGGUGUCGGUCCCAAUGUCACACAGCGACAACUGCAUUGCAAAGAUGUUGCCGGUGUCACUCAAAAUGCAGCCAUUCUGGAGGCUAAAUUCUGUGAGUUGCCUUCAAGAACUCUAAUGGUGGUAUGUUGCCAGAAAGGUGUACAGAUGUUUGAACCAGAUAGCUCAGCAUUGGUAUUUUGGCAUGCUCUAUUCAACUCUGAUGGCAAUGAUGGUUUUUUGUUUACCCGAGGGAUAGCAUCUGUUCUAGACAGUUUUAUUGCAGUUGGGGCAGCAUUCGUCCAUGACCGCGAAUCACCAGGUACAUCAACGGGCUCUGUUCUUGUGUUUUCUAUACCAUCCCGAGGUACCAAUGUCCAGCUGAGUGAGACGCUAAGCGGUCACUCUUAUCCUAUUAGUGCUGUAGCUGGUGCAGGGGAUAUGAUGGCUAGUGGUGAUGAUAGUGGAUGUAUAAUGGUCUGGCAGGCCGGACCAAAGUUCUAUCAGCUGACCAGAAUCAAUGGGGGAGGGGCAACAUGUUCAUCUCUCUGCCUGUACAAGAACCUUGUGAUAGGAGGAUAUGGAACGGGUCAUAUUCGUAUCUUUGAUACUCAGAAAGGAAACCUGAUGACUGAAAUAUGUGCACAUGCUAAGUGGAUCCAUGCCAUGGAUCUUGCUCCAUCAGCUGGACUGUUAAUGUCAACAUCAGAAGACACAAUGUUGAGAGUUUGGUCUUUAAAAGCAGAUGAUAACCAAGCAAAGGUAUCGCUUGCCUACCAAGAAUGCAUCACAGAUAUUCAGUUAUGUGGAGCUAAAUUCCUUGACAAAGAAGGCCAUUCUUUCUGUGUGAGUGGAUACGAUGCCCCUGAGGUUGUAUGUUUCACUAAAGGAUAGAGGAUACUAUUCAUGUCUGAUGAUGCUGGUAUAUCAUUAUUCCUCUUAAUGAAUAGUUGGACUUUGAUCUCAGAUCACAUUUCAGGAUCACAUUUAGGGAAAGAAAGUUAGCACUUAGGAAACUUUUCUUGUGUUAAAUCUGAUUUUGAGCCAAAGUGGAAUAUUUAGUUCAUAUUUAGCAGAUGACUAGCGGUAGGUGGAGCAUUUCAUGAAACUAAUGGUUAGUAAUGUUCACUGACGAUUAUUAUAAGCUACCAAUCCUAGCAUGUGAUUGGCUCAGAGCAAAUUGAUCAUUUAAAUUCACUGACUAUUUUGUGUUAUGAAACGCUCCACAUGAGUGUAAAGUUUUCUUAAAGGGCUGAUGUAAGAACAAGAGUCUUUUAAAUUAUGAUUUUAUUUAGGUAAGAGGAAUAAGUAUAAUGAUGAACAUUCCUUUACAUUUUGUCUUAAGGUAACUUUGAUGCUGCACAACAUUAAAGUUUAAGCAAUAUUUCAUUGCAUAAAUUAGUUUUUAUGGGUUACAUGAGAUUGUCUUUUUGAACUAGUGCAUUAUCUGGGCCAAACAGCACAAAGAUUUGUCAAAGAUUACAAACAUGAAAGAAUAGCUCGGAUCGAUUUCUGCUCAAUAUUUGGUUCAAAAUGCACAUGCAAUAACAAUCUUGCUAGAGUUUUGUUAUUUUGUGAUUGAUUGCAAAUUUUGCAGUGAAAAGCUGAGGAGAGCAUUUUAUGUAAACACUUGUAGAUUUUUUAUCCAACAAGUCUCAUUUUAUCAGACAGUUACCAUAGUAACAGUGCUCCUUAGCCAAUCAUAAUAAAGGAUAGUUGUCAGAUCUGACACCUUGUCUGGCAAAAUGUUAGGUCAGAUACUUUAAUAGUAUAUACUUGAGUACUUUGAAUAGGAUGAUUAUUUGAUUUACUGAAAACCAUGACACCCCAAGUCAAAUGUGUAUUCAUGUAAUUGAGUGUAAUUUUUAGCAAUGAUAUUCAACAUGUUGUGAAAUAAUAAAUAUUAUGAAGGCUUGAUACAUUGCAUUUUCUGUUACAUAUUUGAACAAAUAUUGCAUUGUAUGUUAGGUAUUUUCAUCACCUGAAAACGAUUGAAAAUGAUUCAUUUAAUUUGUUUAAACUUUACAUUUGAUUAUGUAAUGAUAAAUACAGCAUUAUUUUAUAAUUUUCUGUUUUUUUUUCAAGAACUGAGAGAAACAAAUUGGUAAUUUAAAAAGAAGAUUGCAUACAAUUUUUUUCUAUCAAAAUUUCAACAAAAGAUAAUGAAAUCACAAAUCCUGCAAUUGAGCAUUGUCCAAUGAAUAGCUAUAGGCAUGGAAUGUCAUGAAUAGUACUGAAGGUUUCAAGAGACUUUCUAGAUCAUGUGGGUGUUUCAUAAAGCUGUUUGUAAGUUUGGAGCGACUUUACGUAUGACUGUAGUGUAACCAUUUCUCGUGCUAUAUGACAUAUCCCUAUGUCACAGACUUAAUAUUUAAGAUCAUGUUUCAGUGAUGCAUAAAGUCAUGGGUAACUUAACCAACAGCUUAAUUCAGCGGAUAUCAAUCCCGAAUGAAUGAAGAGCUGAGUUUCUACUGAUAUAUUAUCCUGAAAUAUGUAGUAGGAAUUAAUAUCUUGCCGACAUCAUUCAGAAUAUUAUGAAAUAUUUAAAAUUGAUCCUAAUGAAAUGAUUGCAAGGUAGUCUAAAUGUGAAUUUAGUUUGCUUUAGCACUUAAUGGUACGUGUGUCGGGUGAUGGGCAGUCAUGAUUAAUCAUAUGGUCGAUAUGUCGUUGAUUAAACGAAUCCUUAUGUUUUAUGAAACAAAUUAUACAGAUCAGUUUGUUCUGCCAUUUUAAUUACACCAAUAUGGCUCUUUUAAAGCAGUACAAGUUCCAAACAUAUUCUGCUUGUAAUUGUUUUUAUUGCACCUAUUGAUAACAUCUUGUAAUUUGCUGAACCAAUAGGUCUGACUGUGGUCAAUCUCUGACAAACAUUGACAUACAGUCUUCUUGUAAAGAAAUAUGCCAGAAUGUUAUGAUGUUAAGGGGAUGUGUGCCUUUAUUCAUGAUUAUCUCAUAAUGGUGUCAUUUGAAUUAAGAAGUAAAGUUUAUCAAGGAUUUUUGCUAUUUGUUAUUUUUUUUUGUUUCUGAGAGUAAAACGUUGGAUGUAGAACAUUGAUAGGAAGCAAUGGUAAUGUUUCUUCAUCGUUGCUACGGAUACUGGCUUUCGUUUGAUUGCCAUUUCAGCUACAGAAUAGAUUUUCAGCUGUAUUCAUUAGAUUUCAAACUAUUAGUACUUCUAUUAUACUUGCACCGUCCUUAUUUAAGAUUGAUAUCACCUUGAGAUAUUGUGUAUAUUGUAUCAAAAGUGAAAUUAUAUUUACAUGAACUUAUUAUUCCAGCAAUGGUGAUUUAGAUGUACUAGAUUGUUUAUCUGUAUAUCUGGACUAUAGGUGGAUUAAAGCGUAUAUGUGUAGAGGCAGAUGUAGCAUUGCUUCAAUAAGAAUGAAAAUGAAAUGUGUGGAAAUGCUAUUUAGGAUGUUCUAGAAAUGGUUCUGAGUAGCUAGCUUUUGAGAUGCUUAUGAAGUGCUUAAUCUUAGUGUAAAAACAGGCACAUCAAGUUUAUAUAAAAAUGUUUGGUCCAAUAGAGUUGCACAGUUUUCUUUAUUGUCAUCUCUUGGCUAAUUUUACUUGUGGCAUUUCUGUUUGAGUAAGUCAUGACAUGCUUCAUGCCAUUCCUAAGCAAUUUUUUGUUGACAUGGAAGAAAAUGGAUUCAUCUAAUUUAAAUGGAUUUUCUUUCUAUUGCAAAAUAUGUCCAUUCUUGUACUGUAUUCAUGUACUUAAUGCCCCGUCCUACUUGUAUUUUGGAGACGAUAGAAAGAAAAGUAAAAUAUACAUCAUGCCAAGUUUACUUUACUACCCGAAUGAAGUAAGAAAAUUAUAAGGAAUAUGUCAACAAUGUUUAGAGAAAAUUUGAUGGAGAAAGUGUAAUAAAUUGUCUUUAUAGUACUACAUUCCCCAUGUGUUUUUAUGAAUGAUCCCUAUCCUGGUCAAUUGUUACUUGAUUUUUGUUUGGCUCUCCCAACAUCCGUCAAAAGAUUUCUUUUUCUAAACCACUAUUUAUCCCUUUUGUUUUCCUGCCAAUAUGAAAGCAGAUUGGAAACCCAAUUCUACUGUACAUUCCUCUUGCUUAUAAAUCAAUCUUUGUGUGUUGUGCUAGUAUAAAAAAAUGUGGCAUUUUUAUUUGCUAGUUAUUAUUUUUUAUAUUGCAAGAUGUAUUCAAAUAUGUUGUAGUGUUUCUUAUUGAUGUGCAAUGUAUGGUAUGUGUAUUUACCAUUUUAUUACUUAAUAACAUCAAUGUUUUGACAUUUCUUUGUUAUUUGAUGGUUGUUUUUCAAUGUACAAAUUGUAGUUUGCUUUUGUAAUUCAUACUCAUUAAAAUAAUACAUGUAUAUGGAUAAGUAGCUAUUUCAAGUCAGCUUUACAUCAAAUGAAGCCAAUGUUUUUUUUUUUUUUGGGGGGGGGGGUUAAUAGAAACUGUCAAAUAGUUCUUCUUCAAAAUGGAGAGAUGACAAGUUUUCUCACUAUCAUGAUUCUACUUAUGAAUGAAUACGAUACUUCAGAUCCAGUUUGCAUGCAAUUGUUGCUAUGUCUAGCAGGCCUCAAGCAAGCUUUCAGGUAGAGUGUACAUCAUGGAUGUUAAAGUAUUGGAUCCAAUCAAGUAGAAAACAAUGAAUAGCAAAAGCCAGUGAAAUUCAAUGCUUUCAAGAUGGUUCAAUUUUAUGCAACAAGUUUGCAAUAAAAGUGUGUUACAGACUUCUUGAGGUCAGAAGUUACUGUGGUAAAGGGGAUGCAUACAUGGCUAGUUAUCAUUGAAACUCUGAGAAUUCAAUAUUUCUCUUCAAAUUUUAUACCAUAUUCAUCAAACAUUUUAAGAUGAUAGAGGACAAACAAAGGUUUGAGUUAUUUCAAUAAAACAUAUUGUAUUCUAUGCAUUGAUUCUCAAAUGUAUUGUUUGCUGUUUGUGCUUUUCCUGUCAUAGUAUACAAAUAGAUUAGGAUAAUGUUAUCACAACCUGUUUGAUGUAUCAAUGUUACAAUUCUUAUCAAGAACAAAAUACAGCACACAAUUCAUGUGGUAUAGCAUGAUGUAUAUGUGUAGUAUUCAUUUUAUUGUUUAUUGAAAUCAAGAAAUAAUUAUUGUCGAAAAGAUAAGUAUAUCUUUAUAUUUCACAUUGUUGCUUGUAUAAUGUGUUAUUAAAGUAUGUAAAUGU